CCAACAUGAUCGCCGCGCAGGCCAAGCUGGUCUACCAGCUCAACAAAUACUACACGGAGCGCUGCCAGGCGCGCAAGGCGGCCAUCGCCAAGACCAUCCGGGAGGUGUGCAAGGUCGUGUCGGACGUGCUGAAGGAGGUGGAGGUGCAGGAGCCGCGCUUCAUCAGCUCCCUAAGCGAGAUCGACGCCCGCUACGAGGGGCUGGAGGUGAUCUCGCCCACCGAGUUCGAGGUGGUGCUCUACCUCAACCAGAUGGGCGUCUUCAACUUCGUGGACGACGGCUCCCUGCCGGGCUGCGCUGUGCUCAAGCUGAGCGACGGCCGCAAGCGCAGCAUGUCCCUCUGGGUGGAGUUCAUCACCGCCUCGGGCUACCUGUCCGCCCGCAAGAUCCGCUCCCGCUUCCAGACGCUGGUGGCUCAGGCCGUGGACAAGUGCAGCUACCGGGACGUGGUGAAGAUGAUCGCGGACACGAGCGAGGUGAAGCUCCGUAUCCGGGAGCGGUACGUGGUGCAGAUCACGCCCGCCUUCAAGUGCACCGGGAUCUGGCCGCGCAGCGCGGCGCAGUGGCCCAUGCCCCACAUCCCCUGGCCCGGCCCCAACCGGGUGGCGGAGGUGAAGGCGGAGGGCUUCAACUUGCUCUCCAAGGAGUGCUACUCGCUGACGGGCAAACAGAGCUCGGCCGAGAGCGACGCGUGGGUGCUGCAGUUCGGCGAGGCCGAGAACCGGCUGCUGAUGGGCGGCUGCAGGAACAAGUGCCUGUCGGUGCUGAAGACGCUGCGCGACCGGCACCUGGAGCUGCCCGGGCAGCCCCUCAACAACUACCACAUGAAGACGCUGCUGCUGUAUGAGUGCGAGAAACACCCGCGGGAGACCGACUGGGACGAGGCGUGCCUGGGCGACCGGCUGAACGGCAUCCUCCUGCAGCUCAUCUCCUGCCUGCAGUGCCGGCGCUGCCCCCACUACUUCCUGCCCAACCUAGACCUCUUUCAGGGCAAACCCCACUCGGCCCUGGAAAGCGCUGCCAAACAGACCUGGAGGCUAGCCAGAGAAAUCCUCACCAAUCCCAAAAGCCUCGACAAGCUAUAGGGUUAACACGCCCGCGCACAAAAACUCGCCCUCCGUAAACAACAACAGCGCCCAAAAAACUUUCUAUUUAACGCGAACGACGACGGAAAGAGGCGGCGAAAGACUCGCGCCCCCGCCACCCCCCACCCACCUGCAGUUCGGCCUUUAAAAACUUGCCGACGGUUUUCCCGGCGUAAACUCUCACCGCCUUGCACAGAAAAAGGGAAGAGCCUCUCUCCUCCUGUCCUCCAAUGUGAAUUUUUCAAAGGUCACAAAAAGAAGCGAUCGGACUUUUGCAACUUCAAAACGAAACCCGAAAGGUACAUUUUCCAAUCCAUGUAAAGUCCUUUUCUUAUGCUCUCUUGUUUGCCUGAAUGUUGUCACCAAGUGAAAAAAUUAUUUAACUAUAUGUACAAAUCUCCCUUUAAAAAAGUUUUACUGAUGUUAAAUGUAUUUCGGUGCCAAGGUCAGAUUAUGUGCCCCACAACUGA